UAUUAAUCAAUUAUUAAUUAAUGUGUAGUUUAUUAGUUUAUUUUUAUUUUUAUUGAAAUGGAUUUUGUUAACACUAAACCUCACCGCAGCCUCGUCGGAAAGUCUUCAACCCUUUCAGACUAUACUAACACUAACAAUCCAGUACAGAGAACGCAGUCUUACGUAGAAAUUGAUAGUUUGGUUCUUAUUAAAGCAAUCAAACACUGUAAAGAUAACUACCCUGUUCCCGUUAAUGGACAACUACUGGGCCUUGAUUUUGGAGACAGACUUGAAGUGACAAACUGUUUCCCUUACCCUCAAAAACGAGAUAUUUAUAACUCAAUAAUAAAAGACAAGAACACUAACACCUUAGCCGAGAAUGAAAUCGAAGAAAAGGCCGACGAAGAGUUUGUUAAAUACCAGGAGCUUAUGACCGAAUUGGUACAUGAUGUGAGAGUUGACUGUUUUGCAAUAGGAUGGUACCAGACAGUAAAUUUUGGGGACCUUCAAUCUAAAGAUGCAAUCGAUAACCUGGUCAUUUAUCAAGACGUUGUGGAUAAAGCCAUAAUGCUCGGCUUCGACCCUGUAUCUACAACUGGAGAGGUCUCCUUCAAGGCCUACCGUGCAUCUGACCAGUUACUAUCAGUUUAUCACAGCUCUGACCCCGACGUUAGGAAGUUCAACGCCCUCAAGGGAACUGAGAUUCUUGAGGAGGUCCCAAUUGUUAUCAAAAACUCAAUUUUGUCAGAGAACACAUAUGUCUUUGACGUGUUAGACGCUUACCAUAACAACUAUUUGGAAAAGAAUUUAGAAUUUUUAUCACAGUCACUGGAGGCACUCUGCGACAACCAGGAAAAGUUUAUAAGAUAUCAACGAGACUAUACUAAGCUUGUCCAGCAGCAGAAGCAACUCUUGGAAAGAAGGAGGUUAGAGAAUGAGCAGUGUAAACUAAAGGGUGAACCGCUUCUGCCCAUGCCUGAGUUCGACAAUAAUCUCCUUAAAAAGAUUGAAGCUCCAUCACAACUAUCAACAAUUAUCAUGAGUAACGAGUGUACAACUCACACUAAAGAUAUCAACUCUCUCUGUUUUGACAACAUCGCCAAAAUGUACCUCUUGUAUCACAGAUUACACGAUAAACAGUAAUUUCUAAUCUCUAGCCUUAAA